UGGGGGCAGAUAAUUCAUCACCUCCAAGCUGCACUUUGGUUUCUGUUUGGUUUUUUGUUUUUUUUUCUCUUUGGGCGCAUCAGCGAUAAGGGGAGGUGCGAACAGACACAGAGAUGAACUCGAAAAGUCCGCAUACGGUGUGAAAAUAGACCCGCCUUCGAUCUGAAAAUAACUGCGGCGGGCUGAAACAGGAAACUUAUGCGCUUCACGUCUUGCAGGCUCACCGAUGCAUCAUUUGACACUUGAGCAGGUUCCACAAAUCCACAUCAGCGCCGCACCGCCUCAGCCGCGUCUCUGUCGCCAAUUUGCCUGAAGUCGGAGGAGAGUCGUUAUAGGAAAAAAAAAACAAAAACCAAGGAGACAGAUGACCUCUUUUUAUGACGAGAAAGACUUGGAGGAAGAGCUCAGUCGAGUCAGCUGCCCUGAUGAGGAUUUGGAGUUUGAGUACUUGUUUGAAUAUGAACCACCUUGCAGCGACUUUGCUGCGGGAGAUCAAGAUGACCCCAACCUUGCACCUCACAAAGUCCUCAGCCCUGAGUCUGAGCAGGCUUUCCCUCUGGAGGUGGCCUCCCCGUACGGCAUCAAGUCCUGCAGUCCCUCCUACAGUGACCACAACACUGAGGUUCUCUCAGGAUAUGAGAACCAGGAGGCUAGACACUACCUGGACAGUACCCGGCCUGCAGGUCUGGCCCUGAGCCCACGCAUCGAAAUCACCCCCUCUCGUGAGCACUACAACCAUGGUCGGGACUCCCUGCAGAACCACCACCUGAACAUUAGCCCCAGACCCACCCUCACUGUGCCAGGCCAUGAAAACCUCGCCUACCGUGAGCCUCAGUGCCUGAGCCCUGCCAGCAGCAACUCCUCCACCAGCUGGCACUCAGAGAGUUACUCCCCCUGGGCGUCUCCUUGUGUGUCCCCCAGCAGUGGCCAGAACCCCGGAGACCUCUGCCCCAGGUUACAGAACAUCCACACUGGUUCCCCGCGCACGUCCCCGGGCACCUCUCCUCGCACCAGCCUAGCUGAGGACGGCUGCCUGGGACCCCGCUCGCCCUCCUCCAGACCUGGCUCCCGCUCCACCUCCCCGCAGGGCAAACGCACCUACGACAUGUACAGGAAUCCAGGCUUAGUGCCCGGGCACCGCUCCCGCAGCCCCUCCCCCCACAGUGGCCAUGAAGAUCACAACAUAGGUGCCCACUAUACGCACAGCAGCCUCGCUGAUGCCAUGAAUGGUUUUGGCACCAGUCAGCCAGGCCUGGUGCCCACUAAAAUAGUCAAGACGUCCAACCAGGUUUACACUCUGUACCCAGAGAACCACGCAGAAGGGAACUACUUGGUGUCCUGCGACCAGGACAUAAAACCCAAACCUGCUACAGAGAAUUUCUUUGUUAUCCCUCCGAUCUGGUCCAAGCCGCUGGUUUCUAGCCUCUGCAGCAUCCCUGUGGCCUCUCUCCCCCCGCUGGAGUGGCCGAUGCCCAGUCGCACAGAGCAGUAUGAGCUCCACAUUGAAGUGCAGCCCAAGCCACACCACAGGGCUCACUAUGAGACAGAAGGGAGCAGGGGCGCAGUCAAAGCCCCCACAGGAGGACAUCCUGUUGUGCAGUUACACGGCUACAGAGGCAAGGAGCCGCUUGGCCUCCAGAUCUUCAUCGGUACAGCCGAUGAGCGCAUCCUCAAGCCCCACGCCUUUUAUCAAGUCCACCGCAUCACUGGCAAGACAGUGACAACCACCAGUUAUGAGAAGGUUAUCCAUGGCACCAAAGUCCUCGAAAUCCCCCUGGAGCCAAAGAACAACAUGAAAGCAGUAAUCGACUGUGCCGGGAUCCUGAAGCUCAGGAACGCCGACAUCGAGCUGAGGAAGGGCGAGACGGACGUCGGUCGGAAAAACACCCGCGUUCGCCUCGUGUUUCGUGUGCACAUACCUCAGCCUGGAGGACAGCACGUCUCUCUCCAAGUGGCCUCGCAUCCUAUCGAGUGCUCCCAGCGUUCAGCACAUGAGCUUCCCAUGGUGGAGAAGCAGGACAUUGACAGCUGCUCAGUUCUGGGAGGCCAGCAGAUGAUCCUGACUGGGCAGAACUUCAGCUCUGAUUCCAAGGUCAUUUUUUUGGAGAAAACCCAGGAUGGGCAGCAAAUCUGGGAAAUGGAAGCAACAGUGGACAAAGACAAGAGCCAGCCUAGUAUGCUGUUUGUGGAGGUGCCGUCCUACCGAGACACGUCUGUCUGCCACUCUGUCAAAGUGAACUUCUACGUCAUUAAUGGCAAGAGGAAGCGCAGCCAGCCUCAACAUUUCUCCUACACACCACUGGCAUCUCCAUCCAUCAAGACAGAGCCUAUAGACGAGUAUGAAGCAGACCACAUGGGCUUUGCCAUGCCUCAGAUUUUGGGCUUAUCCCCUCAUUCCUACUACCACAACCCACGCAGCGUCCUCCAUCCAGACAAUGGCAUGGCCUCCUGCCAGCGCCUCAGCUCCAGCCUUCCAAACCAGGAUGCACGUUUCCAACAGCAGAGCCCAGCCAUCGUGUACUCCCGCGGGGGGAAGAGUCUGAGCAGCAGCCCUGGCCUUUAUCAUCAGACUGGAGGGAUGAUGCCCGACCCCCACCGGUCAGUCCUGGUCCACACGGGCUCCCCGGCUCAGCCUGUGGGUCCGAUCGGUGCAGGCCAGCACCCUUCCAUCAUCCAGUUCUCCCCCACCAACCACCACCUGCUCCGCGGAGGAGACCCUCAAGCUCUCAGUGCUCCGCAGCCCGACAGCCAGCAGAUCAUCUACUGCGACGGAUACUCCCCACAAGCAGCCGGCGCCCACUCACCCACCACACCCCCCCAGGCUCAGACAGCGGUGAGCCUCCCUCAGCACUAUCCCACCGUGAUCCAGCAGCAGCCCUACGUGCAGAAGGGGCAGCAGCAACAGAAAGGCCGAGCUCCACCUGGCACGGGGCAGAUGGAGGCUCCAGGAGACGGACAGAGGAGGGUGACGGUCAAGGAGGAGAACUUGGACCAGGCCUACCUAGAUGAUGGUGAGUUGAAUGAGAUCAUAAGAAAGGAUCUGACGGGCGUUCAGGCCAGAGGGCAGACAUAGAGGAGGGACGCGGGCAGGAAAUGACAACAUACGUCCCCCUCCUCUUCCCCCUCCCUACGUUCAACACACACACACACACACACACACACACACACACACACACA